AUGUCAGCCUCAACUCACUGGAAGGUAGAAAGAGUUCUGAUGUUAUCCAUGGUACCAGUAUUACCAGCUGCAUUAUUUAUUCAAUCUCCAGUUAUAGACCAUCUUAUGACUUCUGUUGUCUUCUUACAUGGAUUCUGGGGUAUGGAAGGUGUGUUGACUGAUUAUCUCUAUAAAUUUGCACCAUGGUUAAAACAGCUAUGGUAUACUAUCAGCAUCAUUGCCUUUGCUGGUCUUGUCAACUUCAACUAUAACGAUGUAGGAAUCUGUAAGGCUGUUUCUAUGUUAUGGUCUUUAUAA